AUGACGUUCAAAAUAGUGAUAAGAAGCUUCCAAAACCUAAGUUACGUCGGUAGUUACAAGAAACUGAGAGAUAGACCUAUUAAAUUGUACUGUGCAGCAUUAAUAGGGGCAGGAUGUGCUGCAUACAGCCAAUACAAGCGAAACACAGCCGAUAUGAAAGAAAUUAUCCAGCUAAAGAAUUACAUGGCAGAACCAAUCACACCCGUAGCUCAGCUGGAACGCACCCAGGAUGACAUGAAGACACAGAUGGAACUGCUCAUUAUGAGAAUACAAGCCGAGUUUUGUAGAGCACUUGAGGCCGAGGAGGACAAGGCAUGGCAAGAUGAAAAAACUGUGGACGAUUAUGACUAUGAUGAGGACAUGUAUUUGAUAUUUCCGGACGCAAAGUUCAAAGUGGACCGUUGGAUCCGCAAGGAAGGCGGCGGCGGUAUCACAUGCGUGCUGCAAGACGGGCGAGUGUUCGAGAAGGCCGGCGUCAACAUAUCCGUGGUGUCCGGGACUUUACCGCCCGCUGCCGUUCAGCAAAUGCGUACCAGAUUCAAACAAUGGUGCGACGACUACUUCCACAUCCCCCACCGCGGGGAGAGGCGCGGAGUGGGCGGCAUAUUCUUCGACGACUUGGACCAACCCAGCCAAUGGGCUGCCUUCAACUUUGUCACCUCCUGCGCCGAGGCCGUUAUACCAAGCUACCUGCCAAUUGUGAAAAGGCGUAAGGACGACGCCUAUGGCUACUACGAACGGCAAUGGCAACUCCUAAGACGUGGAAGAUAUGUGGAAUUCAACCUGAUCUACGACCGCGGCACUAAAUUCGGACUGCACACGCCGGCCGCCCGCUACGAGUCUAUACUCAUGUCGCUGCCGCUCAACGCUAAAUGGGAGUACAUGCAUGAACCGAAACCUAAUUCUCCUGAAGAAGAAUUAAUGAAAGUAUUAAGAGAACCCAGGGACUGGCUUAAUAUCGGAAAAACCAAAAAAACAACAGCAUAA